AUGUCUGCCCGCAUUGCUGCCUUCUUCGGCACCCUGACCCUUGUGGCAGCGGCCGCCAUCCCCGACAGUGCUGCGACCAGCGUCAUUGAGAGAGAUGUAGUCAUUCUCGGAGGAGGUGCUUCUGGCGCUCACGCUGCCGUGCGUCUUCGUGAGGACUACAACAAGACCAUUGCCGUUGUUGAGAAGAAGAACCGUCUGGGAGGUCACGUCUCGAGCUAUGACGAUCCGGAGACCGGCAAGCCCUACGAUGUUGGUGUUUACUCUUACACCGACUACACCGGGGCUCGCGAGUUCGUCGAGCGCCUGAACAUUCCGAUCCAGGACCCCGUUCGUCUUUCCCUGACAACGACCUACGCCAACUUCGACACGGGCAAGAAGCUUAACUAUUCUGCGCCCGCCUACAACCUCACGCAGGCUGGAUUGGCCAAGUACCUUACUCUUUGCGAGAAGUACGAGGCGUUCAUCCUUCCCUCUUACGAGAACUUCCCCACCGCGUCCGCUGGCAUUCCGGAGGACCUGACUCUCAAGUUCUCCGACUUCGUCGCGAAGUACCAGCUGGAGGCCGCAGUCCCUCGAGUUUUCCAGGUCACUGGCUUGGGAAUGGGCAACCUUGGUGACAUGACGACGUUGUACGUCAUGCAGGCCUUUGGCGCGCCCAUCACGCGCUCCCUGCUUGGUACCAUUGGAUCUUUCGUGCCUGUUUCGCUCCGCAACCAGGACAUCUACGACGCUAUUGCCGAUCUUCUCGGAGACGACGUUCUCUACUCGUCGACUGCUAUCAAGACUGCCCGUACCGAGGAGGGCGUUGAGGUUCUCGUCAAGGGUGCCGACAACACCCGCACUCUCAUCCGUGCUAAGAAGCUCCUGAUCUCUUUCGAGCCCACCCUCGACAACCUGAACGGUAUCGACAUCGAUGAGCAGGAGACGUCUAUCUUCGAGAAGUGGCAGUGGUCUUCCGUCUACGCUGGUGUCGUUUCUCACCCGUCUCUCCCUGACAGCACGGCUUACACCAACCUAAACCCCGCCAACUGGCUUAACCUUCCCCGUACUCCUUUUGUCGAUGGCUUCUCCUACCUCGGUUCUGACAAGUUCCGCGUUCUCGUUGCUGCUACUGGCGACCUGGAAAGCUGCGAGGCUCAGAAGAUGGUCAAGAAGGCCCUUAGCAACAUGGCGGAUGCCGGCACUAUCGCGAGCCUCGGCAACGAGCGUCCCAACAUCAAGUACUGGUCGAACCACGGCGCCAUGCAUCUGCAUGUUUCUCCUGAGGAGCUCAAGGCCGGCUUCAUCACCAACCUUUACGCCCUGCAGGGACGCAAGAGCACCUUCUUCACUGGCGGUGCCUGGACUGCCCAAUUCUCGACCAUUCUCUGGGCGUACAACAACCAGUUUGUGCUGCCUAAGCUGUUGGCGGAGUUCUGA